UUCCUUAAGAAGCAUCCCAUGCAGCAGAUUUCCUCCAUCCCAUCCCAUCAGGCUGACUCCCCACGGUCAACAGGAGUCCUCACCCUGGGAUCAUUCUGCAAACCCAUGGCUCCAGCUCCCAGCUUCCGUGGACACCAGUGGAUUUACAACUCUGUCAAAGGGUCCUGCCUGCUGCUGCUGCUGGUCAUGUCAAAUCUGCUGCUGUGCCAAGGCAACCCAUGCCCAUCCUGCUGUCCUGACGUGAUUAACAUCACCUCAGAAUCCCUUUCAGAUCUUUUUGUCAAUGCCACCAUGCUGUCCUACGGGGUGUAUAGGAAUUCCAGAAUAAUGUUCUAUGAGUUUGAUCAAAAAUAUGCCAAGGGCAAACUGUACUAUUUCAGUGCCACCAAUAGCUGCCAUACCAAUUUCCUGAAAACUCCUGAAGAAAUAAAAGAAGCUGAAAAGAUGAAUAUUGAAGACCUUAGUAAGUGGAUACUCAUGUUACUGUACUCCUGGCAUAGUCCUCUGAAUCAUCUAGUCACGGACCUGCAGAGUAUGAAAGAAGUCUCAGAUACUAUCCUAUCAACUGUCAGAGAGUAUGUGAAAAAAGUAGAAGCACUUCAAGCAUUCAUGGAGAGGCAAUUCUGCCAGAUGAUUAUUCCAGCAAUGCAGAAGAUGUUGGAGGCUCAUAUUUACUGGUCAGGACUCCCAUCCCUGAUGUCCAGUGAUGAAGAUGUGCGUCAUUCUGAAUUUUAUAACCUGUUCUACUGCCUGCGCAGGGAUUCACUUGAAAUUGACAUUUACACCAAGCUCAUGGCAUGCCGACAGAUCGGCAUCAUGUGCUAA